AAAUGUGUGUGUGUGUGUGAGAGCGGCAACAUGGCGUUCGCGUGUCAGAGAGAGAGCUACAGCAGAGAGUUCACCAGCUCAGUGGUGUCCUGCACUCCGGCAAAACUGAAGACCGAGGUGAACGGGAAGAAGGAGGAGUUUGACGGCUACAAUGUGAUCCUCAAGGACACCAUCUUAUUCCCCGAGGGAGGGGGACAGCCCGAUGAUCGCGGGUACAUCGAGGAGAUCCCGGUGUUGAGGGUGACGAGGGAGGGAGGCGACGCCGUCCACUUCGUCCAGUCGCCCCUGGAGCCGUCCCAUGAGGUUCACAUCAAGAUCGACUGGGAUCGGAGGUUCGAUCACAUGCAGCAACACUCCGGGCAACACUUAAUCUCAGCUGUGGCGGAAUCCAUGUUCGGUUUCGUAACGACUUCGUGGGAGUUGGGCCGCCAGCGGAGUGUGAUCGAGCUGGACACCAAGGCGGUGACAGCUGAGCAGGUGCAGGCGCUGGAGGCCACUGUGAACGAGCACAUCAGGGCUCACCUCCCCGUCACCGUGCAGCUGGUCUCGGCCGACCAUCCCCAGGCCGAGAAGUUCGGGAGCUCAGGAUUACCGGGAGACCGGGCGGGGCCCAUCCGGGUCAUCGAGAUCCCGGGAGUGGAUCAGAACAUGUGCUGUGGGACACACGUGUCCAACUUGAGCCACCUGCAGGUCAUUAAGUUGCUGGGGACGGACAAAGGGAAAAAGAACAAAACCAACCUGAUUUUCCUGGUCGGCAACCGAGUCCUGAGCUACAUGGACAAAUGCUUAGCAACCGAGAGAGCGCUAACUUCGCUCCUCAAGAACGGCCCGAAUGAGCACGUGCAAGGGGUGGACAAGCUGCAGAAAUCAGUCAAGCUCCUGCACAAGAACAGCGUGAGCAUGCUCAGGGACCUGGCCAUCAUGACGGCCAACACCGUCAAGAGUGACCCGAACAAGGGCAAGAUCUUUGUAUUACACAGGAAGGAGGGCGACAGUGAAUUUAUGAACAUUCUCGCGAACGAACUCGUGGCUGAGGUGGAGCUGCUGUUCCUGACGGUGGGCGAGGAGAAGGGAUCGGGGCUCUUCCUGUUGGCCGGUCGGCCGGAGGCGGUGGAAACUCUCGGACCGAAAGCGCUGCUGUUACUGGACGGUAAAGGCGCCGGGAAGAAUGGCCGAUACCAGGGCAAAGCCAACAAGAUGGGCAAACGACCCGAGGUGGAGGCUUUGCUGCGGAAACACCUGGAGACCCCGGACACGAAGGAGGAAUAGAGUCCGGAACAGACAGACAGACAGACACACACUGUAAAACAGGUUAACGUGCAAUCUGGGCUAAAUAGCCCACGUCCUAACCCAUGCAGCCUCCCCUAGUGAGCGUUAAAGACAUGACGGGUGAUUCCACUGAAACUGCUCACGCUUCAAUACUGACUUGAGGGCCAGCCGCGCCUGAUUUACCCACGGUUAGCCCAACCCGCAUUUUAGCCCAACCCCGUGCGCGUAUCAACCCGCUUGUACGACCUCUUCUGUUUAUUGCUGCCGCUGUUGUUAUCGUCGUUUAAUGCUCUGCUCCCUUCACAGUGUGGUCAACGUCAGGCUUUUACACGUUGACAGGAUAUUUAUUAUUUUCUCUACUUUUAACGCUGUUAUUUUUAGCCGCCGUCGUACUUUCCGACGCGUGUUUACUGUGUCGUCAGAUCUGGUUAAAAUUGUUGUGAAAUUAAAGUUCGGUUUGACUUUU